AUAUGUUUUUUGAGAUGGUCAGGAUACCUGGACGACCAUCCUUGCAUAUUCGGCGUUGACCUUUCGGAUUUCUGGUGUGACCACUUGAGACCAGUGCGAUCUCGUGGAAUGAAAGCGGGCUUUUGUCAGAAUGGAAAAUGGCGAUACAGCGAGGCCCGGACCCAGACGUGACGCGUGUGGUGGAUGUCUCAAUGCAAAUCAGACUGCAACUACUUGCAUGCACUAUCGCUUCGGUGAUGAGAUGUUUCUUAUUUCGCCGUGCGCGGGUCGGGUCGGCAGUGGCGGACAGGCUGUGUAGGAGGGAGGAGAAAAAAAAGGGCCGGCAAUUCACAGAUGGAGGAGCCAACGAGACCUGCACGAUGCAGGGACGGGACGGUACAUUUCCUUUCACUCAAAAGAUGUCCUCUUUGGAUACUCUAUACCUUUCAUCUGUUUCAAUCUAUCCCCGACACAUAAAGUAAAAUAAAAACAGCCCCUCGAAAAAAUAGUCUGAGAAAAAUAUCAUCCCCGUAAACACUAGAAUUCUCCUUCUCGGCACUACCUUUCUGCA